AUGUCGUCACGGAGGAAUUCUGGUAGCGAGGGGGAUCAUCAAGACAGAGAAAAGACAGGGAAAAAGGACGAUGAGUUCGUCAUGGUCGACGAGAGCUCCCUGCAUGGAUUUAGCGGCGCACACGCUGCCGCUGAAAACCAGACUACGGGUAGUUCAUUGUGGGCCAGCGUCAAGUCCAUUGGCAGUUCGGCAUUGACUUUCAUCCACGCUAAGCGUAUAGGAGAGGGUGCUAUGCCGAGAGAACCUGAAGUCCCUACAUCGGUUAAUCCACCGAAGUCUGCGCAUAUUGCGCAGGAGGUGGUGACGUGUGACCAGGAGACGGUAAGUGGAGUGCCAUCGGCUGAACAGGGAGAUUUUCCAAGUCAGAGCCCAGAGCCUCGUUCAAGGCGGCUGCCUGAAGGACAUCCUGAGGUCGCCGUUGCUAGCGCCAGAUGUCAGGCGGCCUUCAGUCACCGUUCUGAGAGCAGACGUGGGUCAGGGGAGGCGCAGCUUAGCACACCGCUACAUCCCUGCCUCAGGCCUUUGAUUCCCGAACCUCAUACUCACGACCCGUCCAGUGAUCGCAAGGGCGUGAAAGUCAAAGAGUUUCUCUCUGGCAUAUCCAGUAGAGCUGUACACGGGAAUCAACCUACUAGUAGAACCAGAGACAACCUCUCUGCCACUGCAGACGAGGACAGCGAGGGUGAUAAUGAUGAGCGCCGAAGGCUGGUGCCUGAAGACAAACUACCUACUCAGGUGGGACCAGCAUCAGGAGUGGAAGAUUCUUCCUCUCCCGUUACCUUCAUUUGGUGUAAGAGCAUUAGUUCUGAAGACACUGCCUCCACGUCGUCCAUCGGCCGUGGCGUUGCAAGGGAAUUGCAAAAUGACGGUGUUCCGAACGAAGAAACUAAAGACUCAGCGGACGAAUCUGAUAAGUCGGCAUCCAGCCUUGGCAAUGCUAGUGUGUGUAGGCAACAACUGCAGAAUCAAGACGAAGAGCUUGAUAUGUCGCCGGAGACGCAGGUGGCACCACAGUCCCCAUGCACCAGCCAGAGCUCGUCCGCGUCCGAUAGAACCGACUCUUUCUCCGUUGUCGGCGCUCCUCAGGAUUCCGGCGACGCCUCGGAUGGGACGGAUUCUUUCUCCGUUGUCGACGCUCCUCAGGAUUCCGGUGACGUAUCGGAUAGGACGGAUUCUUUCUCCGUUGUCGACGCUUCUCAGGAUUCCGCAUCGGAUUGGACAGAUUCUAGCGACAACACUGAUACAACCGAUCUGUCCGAUCUGUCUGACUCUGAAUGUGAAUCCCCAUGCACCAGCCAGGCCACGUCGACUUCGGAUGGAUCGGAUUCUUUCUCUGUUGUCUAUACUUCUCAGGAGUCCGGUGAUGCCUCGGAUGGUCCGGAUUCUUUCUCCGUUGUCGACGCUCCUCAGGAUUCCGCAUCGGAUUGGACAGAUUCUAGCGACAACACUGAUACAACCGAUCUGUCCGAUCUGUCUGACUCUGAAUGUGAAUCCCCAUGCACCAACCAGGCCACGUCGACUUCGGAUAGAUCGGAUUCUUUCUCUGUUGUCUAUACUUCUCAGGAUUCUGGUGACCCAUUGGAGUCAUUAGAUUGGCCGGAUUGGAGCGACAACGAUGAUAUCCGCGAUCUCUACACUUCUGAGGAUUUCAGUGACGCAUUAGAUUGCCCGGAUUCGAGUGACAACGAUAAUACACCCGAACUACACACUUCUCAGGAUUCCAGCGACCGAUUGGAUUGGCCGAAUUCGAGCGAUAACGAUAAUAAACCCAAUCUGCACACUUCCAAGGAUUCCAGCGAUCCAUUGGAUUGCGCGGAUUCGAGCGACAACGAUGAUGCACCCGAACUGCCAGAUUCCGAAUGUGAAUCCGGGCACAGCGAGCCUGACACAACUACAGAGAAUGUUCCAGUGGCUUGUGACGUUGCAGAAGGCAACGCGCUUCAGAUCAUUGCAAAGGAGAAAGCUGCAGUCUCAACUCCUGUAGAGCUUGACACAACUGAAGGGAAAAUUUUAGUCGCUUGUCAAAAUCCAGGAUGUAACGCUAUCCCGACAGCCACCAACUCGAAGCUGGGAGCCACUUUGGAGUCAACAGCUAACCGAACAGAUGCGUUUUUUAUAAAACUGUCUGGACAAGGAGGGCGAGUGCGAAAGGCUAUCGUCGAGGCCCUCUAUGCAGGCGAACGUGUUGAAUGUGAAACCAAUCAAGUUCUCUCAGAGAAAGGUUCAACAAUUGAAGAGCUGACGCGCACACGAGGCCAGUCCAAAGCAACCGCACAGGAAAGCGUUGUUCGCAAAGUGGAAACUUCUGCUAGCGAGGCGAGUUGUUCCAUCAGGCAGACCCAAGGACGAGAAAACUCCAGCUUGAGACUUGGACGAGAAGGAAACGUUGACAAUACGUGUCGUCCAAGUCCUCGGUACCCUGUGUCUGAUUCAGCACACUCCAACGCCACAGUUAUUCCAGGCAUUUCCUCACGCAAAUCUCAGUCUUCCAAGGAUGGUGAACACAUGUCCGGCCCGAGACAGGGCUGCGCCAAAGUGUCUCAUUCGCUGAACGACCAAGACAAAGUACGCUGGAGAACACUUCCGCCAGUCCCAUAUCCCAUAAUAGUUCAUAACUGCAGACCGCCUUGGGACUCCUCCGAUCAUGUCGUAUUCACACCGCCUUGGGACUCCUCCGAUCAUGUCAUAUACAAACCACCUUUCGGUCAAACAACGUCUCUACAGCUGGCGAAGACAACUGUGCAGGCAGCUACAGGAGACGCUGCCAAGCCAUCCAACUUGGCUGAGAGGACCAUCAUUACAAGUGCCAUUAGUCCGAACACAGCUGCGGUGGGUGAUGUGUGCGCACAGCGUCAUGACAGCAGUCUGAUUGGGGGACUCUCAGACACGAUGCAUGCAGACCAACUGUCAUCACGCAAGAGAUCCGCAGCUCUCGGGUUUCCCGCUAAGGAGGACACACCACAGCCGUUGGCAAUGCCUGCUAUACGAUCUCCUCCGCCUCCUAACGCGGGAUUCAAACGUGUGUAA